UGUUAACCAUAGUUGUGUAUUGUAUGCAAUAAAAAAAUUAGUGUGUAUAUUAAAAUCGUCCAUUAUGUUUGUAUUUUAACUCCUUCAAUAACUCUAGUUAUUGCCAUCAAUCAGUUCUUUUUGUGACAUAAAAGUGUGGUUUGGUCGAGAGUUCCAGUAUUAAAUCUCCAUGAUCCUAAUAUUAACAAUUGAUUUAAAUACAAAGUAUGUGAGGCAGUGCAAAGUUGGGAUACACUACAACUGAAAAUAGACUACUGUAAAUUUUAAACCAAUUAAUGUCACUAGACUCGCUUUGGGUUUGGGAAUACUUAUCGAGUUGAAUCAAAUCAAAUUUGAGUUGAGCUGAGCCCAAGCCAAAGUUGAUCUUUUAUAAUUUGUUUUGGUUCCCACCCGAUAAAAAAACUGGACUCUCCUGAACUCUAUUGCAACCCCAUAGAUGGGGAACGAAUCGGGUCAGUAACCUUAUGGUGAGUAACCAUGAGUAACCCGUCCACAUCAGCAUGACAUCAACAUCUCUUUCUCUCUCUCUUGGAAAGUCUUUAAUUUCCCCCUCCUUAAUCUUUGACGGACGAUUUCUCACUCGUUUUAAGUCGAAAUUUAAUUUUUUUGCACAGUUAGAUCAGAUUAAUUAUGCUCUUCAAAAUGAUAUCCACUUUGAUAUAUUUUCUGAACAAAAAAAUUGAGUCAUUUUUUACUAGUCUAUACCAUAUGGUAUUGACUGAUAUUGAAAUAAGAGCAUACCUAUGGUUUGAAAAACGUACCAUGGUGGUAUGAACAAAACAAGACUGUAGGAUGGUUAAAUACAUGAUAGUAGAAUUAUAUUAACUAUCAUUUACGACUUUUAACAUUGUGUACCACAAGAUACCACCCCGUACCAAGGUGGUAUUGUGUGUUAUUUUGUGGUAUUUUUUGGUCUUGUAAUUUGUUUACCCAGAAAUUUAUUGAUCCAAUAGAUCAUGAUGAACUCGUUCUUUCUAUGCAAACGUUUUCAAAAACGAAUUAAAAACGAAGAAGAUACCAUAUGGCAAGAAUUUUUUCUCAAAAAAUAUUGAAAAUGUAUCUCAUUUUGUAGAGCACACCGAACUCGUUCCAUAUGUGAAAAAAAUUUAAAAUUCUAAUUAAAAUGAAGAAGAUAUGAGGCGAUUAAGAAAGCUAGGAAAAAAAAUAACUUUUAAUUCUUCAUUCUUAGAUCUGGAUUUUCAAAAUGAAGGGUCUAGAUUUAGUUAUUGAUGAGUGCAUCUCGAGUCCAAUAGACGAUCUAUGUGCAUCUAUGUGCUUGACUAAAACUUGCAUAGAUGUAUUAAAAGCCCUAGUAUCGAAUGGUAGGAGUAGGACCUUAGGAUAUUAAGCUGGGAGAUUUGACUGGGGUUUGACCCAAGAAUAUGAAUUUCCAUUUUUGGUUCCUGAAGUUAAGCAUGGAGAUUUGACUGGGGUUUGAACACCACACUCAUUGGCAGUGCAACAUCAAAUCCAGCCCCCAAAAGCACAGUCUGAGCAGAAAAAGAAACACACAUUGCCAUAAAGCCGGCCAUCCAAUUGGAUGGACCCAUUGCACAAACACCUUCUUCGUUAUCUCUCUCUCUCUCACCUUGAUCUUUCGUCUUUCCAGUUUCUUCUCUGUGUCUUAUAGAAGAACUCUUUCAGAGAGAGGAAGGCAGUAGUUGCAUGCAUUUAAUCUAGCCCGGUAGGGGAAAUGAUGGCCGAUCAAGGCGGUGGAGGUGGGGGAUCGGUGAUGAUAAGAGAUUACAGGAAAGGGAACUGGACGGUGACCGAGACCAUGGUGCUGAUUGAAGCCAAAAGAAUGGACGAGGAGAGAAGGACCAAGAGAAUCGGCGCCAGCGGCAACAGCAAGCCGGCGGAGCUGCGGUGGAAGUGGGUGGAGGAUUACUGCUGGAGGAAAGGUUGCUUCCGCAGCCAAAACCAGUGCAACGACAAGUGGGACAACCUCAUGCGCGACUACAAGAAAGUCCGCGACUACCACCGCCGCCUCCCACCACCAUUCCCUCCCUCCGCCGCCGCCGAAGAAGCAGCAGCGGCGGCGUCGACCACCACUUCCGCUUCCAGUUACUGGAAGCUGGACAAGAACGAGCGCAAGGAGAGGAACCUUCCCAGCAACAUGCUUCCCCAGAUUUACGACGCCCUCGUCGACGUCGUCGAGAGCAGAGGUGGCGGCGGAGGUUCUCAUCCCACUUCCGGCGCGAACACGCCUAGGACCCCUUCCGUCUCUCCAUCCUCCGGCAAGCCGAUGAUUGACCAAUCAACGAACGAUCUUCUUCAUAAUCAUCCUCUUCACCAACAACAGCAGCAGCCUCCUCCGGCGAUUGCACUGCCGCCCCCUCUAUUAACGGCGCCGCCACGCCAACAUCCAAUUUCAGUCUUGCCCCGGGCUCAACCAGCAGUACCGCCGCCGCCGCCGCCACAUCCAUUGACGGCGCUUCCUCUGCCGCCUCAUUCUCAUCCUCCGCCGCCUCCAACCCACCCUCCUCAUCAACCAUCACCCACAACGUCUGACGACGGGUCGAGCGAAGAAGAAGACUCCUUGGGCUCACCACCACCGGCGCCGAACAAGCGGAUGAGGACGACGUCAUUAUCCGGCUGCGGCGGCGGCGGUGAAGAAGGAACAAGCCGCGGCGGCGGGGGGACGACUGCAACCUCCAGCCCGUCCACGUCAUCGGCGGAUGAGGGCGAUCGAGUUGUAGUAGUGGGCAGGGAGAUAUCGAGGGUAGCGGAGGCGAUUCAGGCGUGUCAAGAAGGACAAGAGCGGCGUCACAGGGAGAUGGUGAGCUUGCAGGAGCGGAGGCUGGAGAUAGAAGAGUCCAACACGGAGAUCACCCGCCACGGGAUUAACGGUUUGGUGGGCGCCGUUAAUAAGCUUGCCAACUCCAUUCUCGCCCUCGCUUCUUCUUCCUCCUCUUCCCCUUCCCAUAUGAACAAUAACAGCACCGGUAACAUUAGUAAUAAACCCCAUAACCCGAACCAGAAUCCGUCUUCAUCUUCUCAACCACCCAACUGAUCAAGUGACCCAAUCAGCUCCUCAUUGGAAGUAGUUAAUUAGUAUCAUCUGAUCGUCAUUUUAGAUCCAUUGUUAUCAUCAUCUAUUCAAUCUCAUGUGCAUAAUUUUGGCUCAUAUUUUUUCGGUUGAUUAAUAUGCAUGGUUGGUUAAUCAACGUAAACCUAAUUGAUAGGGUUCGUCUGUUGUAUAUUAGUCAACAAUGGAGAUUUACGUACACUUAAGAGUUGGAUUGUUGUAGUAUGUUUAUUGUCUAGUAGAAGUGAAAUGAAUUGCCGGUUUGGUCGCUGCAUUUCUGAUGGGGGAUCAUUAUGUUAAGCGGAGGUUGGUUUGGUUUGGUUUGGUUGUGUUCAUAUCUGUCUCUGGGGCAGUGAGUAGUUUCGGCAGCAGGGAGUGGGGCAGGCUGGUCAAAGAGGCUUUCGUGGACCGGUCAAUGGAAGAAGACGAGAAGAGAUACCAUUACGUACCAUUGUCCCAUCGCCUCCUGGGCCACUGCUCAGACUGUUCACCAAUUUAGUUUAUUUAUUGUUUAUUUUUUCCUGCUGCACUGAUUGGAGAAAAACCCAAAGCUACAACGGUUUAAAAAAUAAAUUAUAAAUUUGUCACCCAAACCGAAAUUUUUUUAAAUAUACUACCCUUAAUUAAAAACCCCACCACGUAGGGCGGUUAUAGGGAAAAUCGCGUUGUAGAGGGGCAAUUUCUAUCUGAACCGCAUGUUGGAGCUGCGGUUUGUUUUAUUUGGGAAAAACGCUCAUGGAAGAAGCAGUUUCCAUGGCUGCCCUAGCACAAACCGCGUGCUUGGGGUGCAGUUCUGCGUCGACAACCAGCCCUCAAGCAAACUGCGUGCUCGGGGUUCAGUUAGAGCUGGAAGUUUGGUAUCGGUAUUUGGGAUAUACCGAAUACCGUACCGAAUUUCUCUAUAUUUGGUAUUAUCGAAUACACGUAUUAUUUUUUGGGAUUGGGAUUCAAUUUCAAUUGUUAUUUGGUAUUAGGGAUUACGGGAUUGUGAUCGGUAUAUACCAAAAUACCGAACAAUACCGAAAUAUAAGCUAAUGUGUAUUUUAUGAUCUCAACUAAACUCUCUCAUUUAAUACUACACGUAGGGGUGGACAACGGGACGGGGCGGGAUACCCGUCCCGUUUGAAACGGGUACCCAAUCCCAUUUGGAGAGCAAUCUCCAUCCCAUAUCCCAAACCCUUACGGGUUAACAAGUACUAAUUACUCGUACGGGACGAAUAACGGGUACCCAUAUUACCCAUAAAUACCCAUACGGGACGAAUAACGGGUACCCAUAUUACCCGUAAAUACCCGUCCAAUUGGUGUAACAAAAUUAAAACUAAAAUCAAGCAUGAAAUUUUACAUUAUUGAAUUCGGACAUGUAAAUUGAUUCAUUAGAUUGAAAAACUUCCUACCUUCACAAAUACACCUCCAGAAACAAAGGAAUCGAUCAACUACCUCAAACCCCUAGAUAAGUCAGAUUCAUUUCUUUGAAUAUGUUAGUAUAUAUAAAGCAGAAGUCAGUUCACUGUUGCCCAAACUCAGCUAGCUGAUUUGCGUGUUUUAUAUUUUGAUACCCAAAUUUAAUUAAAUUACAACUUAGUCACUAUAAUGUACAUUUUACAUUUUGAUACCCCAAAUUUAAUUUUAGUGUAAAAUCAUUGAACAAUUAUGUUUUGGUAUCUAAAUUUUAUGAGAUUUUUCGUACCUACAAUUUUUUUAAAUUCACAUAUUGGUCCAUGUUUAGAUUUCACUUGAAUCCAUGAAUCCAAUUCACCAAUCUUUUUGAACCAAUCAAUGAAUCCAAUCCACCAUAACAUAAAACUAUAAAUUUAGCUUGUACCAUACAAGACGUUGUAUCACUUAACUGUAGGAGAAGAUUCGAUAAUUUUAUAUUUGCUUAGUAAGUGAAACAUUAAAUCAAUGAUAAAAGAGAGACGACACUAAAAUAUUGCAAGAGCG